UCAUUAAUCCGGCUGCUUCUUCCUUCCCCUCUUUCUCUCGAUUCCAACCCUAAUUCAUCACAAUCCAUCCAAUUUUUUCGAAUCUCCCUUCUCCAUUCAUUGUGUAGCCUGCCUUUCUUUGUUCCCAAUAUUCAUUAAUUGAUUUAGUUAGUUGCGUUUUUUAUUUUCUCUAUUUGUGCCCAAUGAUUGUUGUUCAUUCCCACUAUCCCUUUGUUUCAAUUUAUUUUCCUCUAAUGCAUAAGGAAAACGAACAGUUUCUACUCCUCAACCUUUUUGUAUAUAAAUCCAUGUUCUUGGAUGCCAUGAAACCCAAUCCGAUUUGCUUUGGCUCUUUAGGGUUUGCUCCAAUCUCUCCUCAAUUCCUUUUGAAAUGGCCCUUCGAGUUGAUGAUGUCUCCACAAUUUGUGCUUCCAAAGACACCUGGACCAUCGUUGUGAAGGUUAUUCGGCUUUGGUUAACACCUAGCUACUCCGGUUCCAAGCUUCCUUCAUCCUUGGAAAUGGUUUUAAUGGAUUCGAAGGGUUCCAAAAUUCAUGCUACCAUCAGGCGUACCUUGGUUUACCGCUUCCAAAACCAGAUCUCUGAGGGUCGUGUGUAUCAGAUCUCUUUCUUUGGUGUUUGUGAAAAUGGAGGUGAUUUCAGGACGACCUGUCAUCCUUACAAGAUAAAUUUCCAGAUGCAUUCCACUGUUAGGGUCAUGGCUAACACCUCCAUUUCAGCAAACUCUUUCUUUUUCAUGGCUUUGUCUGAUGUUGUGUUCAAAGAACCAGACACCUCAUUUCUUAUUGAUGUGAUAGGAAUCCUCACUGGCUCAUCUGGGAGCAAGAGUUUGAAAAACAUGGCAAAGUUCAAAAGAGGAUUACCCUUGAAAUUGACCAAGAUGGGAACUCAUGAAUUGGAUGAAGGAGCUGAAAAGCAAAUAUGAAAUUUGUUGCUUUGUGUUUAUUAGUUUUUCAGUGUCAAUAUCAAAGUUGAAAGGCCUGAUAGGGAUAGCCGAACUCUGCAUUGGUGGCUUGAAGUUGCAUAGGAAUAUGAUGUCAAGUUUUGAAUCUGAAAUUAAAUUGUACCAUUACUUUCUGUUCUGAUAUUUUUUGUACCGCAUGAAGUUAUGGAAUAUUAUAGGUGCUGUCAUCAAUUAUGAAGUACAACAUUCAAAUCAAAAUUUUAUUUUUAUAU